AGCGAGGCGGUCAGAUUAUGUGUUGUGUUGUUGGUGCCGCGCAGUAUCUUUUAACGCAAGUGCCGAGGACAACAAGGACAGCAAGGACAGCACAGACCGGGAAAAGUUUAUUUCAAAGAUUCUCCAAGUAACGGGCAUGGCCGCUCCCGGAUCAUCCUGAACCCUAGAGUCAUGUGGACACAUAACGGCAAGAGAUGUGGAUCCAGACAGAUUCAGUCUUUUGAAUAACGCACAAACAAAGUCAUGACGGAACGGGAUGGGCGUUAUGAUCUGCCCAUCGCCCCGGGGCAGGUUUAUAUUGAAGUGGAAUAUGAUUAUGAAUACAAGGCUAAAGAUAGACUCAUCUCCAUACGACAAGGAGAAUGCUACAUGUUGGUCCGUAAAACCAAUGAGGACUGGUGGCAGGUUCGUCGGGAGGAGGGCACUAAGGCGUUUUACGUGCCCGCUCAGUAUGUCCGGGAGGUCAGACGAGCCCUCAUGCCACCGCCCAAACCUCACGCCAAACCUCCCAACGUCUUAGAAAUCGGGCCAUGCCGAUCAUCAAACGAAAAUCUCAACCAACGCGCUCCCUCAGAAAGGGUGAGCUUUGGGCGCCCACCUCCUUCGACAACACCGUCCCCGUUGCCAGGGCAACAGACUCCGCCUUUGUUGUUGCGGGAUACCAAUCAGAACACAGGGAUGAAGAGCGUUGUUGCUGAGCUGGCUCUGCUUAACAACAAUCAUCAUAACUUUCACCAUGGCAACCCUACACUGCCACAAGGACGGGCGGAAUCCCCUCCAAGAGAGCAAGGUUUCCAGGGGAAACUCCCAGGUGGGUUGUCGGUGGACACGGAUGGGAGCGUGUCACCAGGAAAUGAGUUGGAAAAAAUGAGAAAUGACUCUGAAUCUGGAGAUGAUCUCAGCAACAGCUCUACCGAACACAUGCAGGGAACAUCUCCCACUGGGCAGGGUCGAUCAGAGUCCCCCGUGUACACGAACCUCCAGGAGCUGAAGAUCUCACAGUCCUCUCUCCCACCUGUGCCCUCAUCCUCUCCUCUGCACAUUCUGGGGAACUGGGAGAUGCACAAAGACUCGAGUGGAAGAAACUUCUACUACAACCGCACAAGUCAGGAGAGGACCUGGAAACCACCCCGCUCACGAGACAGCGGGGUCAGCCGCGGGAACACAUCCAACUCUGGGGACAUGGAGCAUUUAUCAUCUGAGGAGAACUGUCUCAGCACUCACUCCAGUCAGUCAGACAGUCAGUAUGGAUCGCCCCCUAGAGGCUGGUCCGAGGAAACGGAUGAACAUGGACACACUCUCUAUGUGUCUGAAUACACCAAUGAGAAGUGGAUUAAACAUGUGGAUGAGCAAGGAAGGCUGUAUUACUACAGUGCUGAUGGAUCUCGCUCAGAAUGGGAGUUACCCAAAUAUAAUCUCUCUCCUCCAAACUCUGGAGAAGCUCCUAAAAGUCACAGUUUGGAGAGGAAACAGCAGGAGCCCAUUGUCCUGACCAAGUGGAGACACAGCACAUAUGUGCUGGACAUUAGUGACAAGGAGUCUGUAAAUGCCAAACAGAUCUCUCCUGAAUCAGACUCCUGCCCCUCUUCACCAAAACACCUGUACACCCCCUCAGAGAAGUGUGGUGUGCUCAAUGUCACCAAGAUCACUGAACAUGGCAAGAAAGUCAGAAAGAAUUGGGCCUCCACCUGGACUGUCCUGCAGGGAUCCUCGUUGCUCUUUGCAAAGGGUCAGGGCAGCGGCACCAGCUGGUCGUACUGCCGCAAUGGUUCCUUCCCUGAACUCCUCCUUUCGUUGCUAAGUACCUGGAAGCGUUUGAUUAAGCCCCGCCCUGCAGUGUCUUAUAAGACGUACUGUAGGCGUGCCCGGGCUCCCUCUUUUGGAGGGAACCAGUCCAAACCAGAAUUCACAGUGGAUCUUCGAGGAGGUUCAAUCGAGUGGGCUUCCAAAGAGAAAUCUAGCAAGAAGCAUGUUAUUGAGUUGAAGACACGAGUGGGCACAGAGCUGCUGAUCCAGUCAGAGAUAGACAGUGUGAUUAAUGACUGGUACAGAGCCCUGGCUGAGACCAUCAACACAUAUGCAUGGGAGUCUGAUGAGGCCAUUGAAGAGGACAUGCCUGAAUCUCCUGGAACUGAGAAGCAAGACAAAGAGAAAGAACAUAGAGACUCAAAGAAAAGAGCAGUGAAGAACACCUCCAGUAUGGAGUCCUCCGAACAAAAGAAGACAAGAGUCAAGCUAAAAAAGUUUCUCACACGGAGACCCACCUUACAGGCUGUCCGAGACAAGGGUUACAUCAAAGAUCAGGUGUUUGGCUGCAGUUUGACUGCCCUGUGUCAGAGAGAGGGAACCUCUGUACCCAACUUUAUCAAGAUGUGCAUUGAGCAUGUGGAGAGUACAGGCUUGAAUGUUGAUGGCUUGUACAGAGUCAGUGGAAACCUGGCAGUCAUCCAGAAACUGCGUUUUGCAGUCAAUCACGAUGAAAAAGUGAAUCUGGAAGAAAAUAAAUGGGAAGACAUCCAUGUGACUACAGGUGCUCUGAAGAUGUUUUUCCGGGAGCUUCCAGAACCCCUGUUUACCUACACAUCCUUUAAUGAUUUUGUUGAAGCCAUCAAAAACUCUGAUUACAAGCAGCGAGUCCAAUCCAUAAAAGACUUGAUCAAACAGUUGCCAAAACCGAAUCAGGAAACAAUGAAAGUUUUAUUCAAACACCUAAAAAGGGUGAUAGAUCAUGGCGAGGUGAACAGGAUGACUACCCAGAGCGUGGCUAUCGUGUUCGGGCCAACCCUGUUGCGGCCGGAAAUUGAGACGGGCAAUAUGGCGGUUUACAUGGUCUAUCAGAAUCAGAUUGUAGAACUCAUCCUUCUAGAGUAUGAGAACAUUUUUGGCAGGUAGAACAUCUCUGGAAGGUUAUGUAUCUCCAAGUGAUGCCACCUGAAAAUGAAUUCUUUGAAACUUUAACAUCUCAUAUGCAUUGCACUAAAAGAAAAUCAAGACAGGCUUAUCAUAACGCAUAAUGCGCCACUGCUGUGGACCAAGCUUAAAAGAGGAUAUAAACAGAAAAACAUGGAUUAACUGUGACUGGAGAUAAACAAAUAAAAUAAAUACAAGGAGGUUCCUAUGCACUUAAUAUUUUUGAGGAUAUACACAUUAAUUCCUUUCACUUUUACCCUUUGGAUCAUCAUUCCUGAGGUGGAGGUAUUUCUGCUCUUGGCUUGGAAUAAGCUGGAUGGACUUUUGGACAAUUAUGGAUGAUCGUUAGUCCCCAUGAUGCACUCUUUUUGGAAGAUGGGAAUACUUCCUAAAUUGGACACUGGAAUGGACUGUAUUGCCAGUAUAGAUCACUAGCAUAAAAACUGUGGACUGAGUGGAAGCUUUAAAGUCUUUGCAGUGAAUUAUAUAAAGUGACCUAAUUUUGGAGUUUCAUUGAUUUCAGACAAGUAUGUGACUUGUAUCCAGGCUAUCGCAAGCUUGGAAUUCCUUUACUACUAUUUUUUGUUUGUGUGUGUUUUGUUUUUCCUGUGGAGUAAGCUGAAAGUGCACUGUAUUAAGAAGGCAGUGUUAUUUGACAGUGACUACUGACCUAUGGACAAUGGGGUCAAUGGUUAAUAAUCAGUAUUAGUGCAGGAGUCGCCAGUUUCAAAUGGGAAAGAUUCAGAGAAAACCUUUCCCGUUGCCCUGAGUGUUUUCACCCAAUUGUACCGUAUUUUCCUUCCAUCCAAACCUUCCUAAAGUUCACUGGAAAGGCCAUGCCAUUUUUGCUUCAGGACUUUAUGCUAUUGGAUAAAAUACAUGCUCAUCUCACUCUAUUCAUCAUUUUAUCCAAUAGAAAUCUCAGAGCUUGAAGAAACUCUGCCUUUUAAGGAAGUUACCAUCCCUUUAAUGAAAGAUCAGGACUUGUAAUGUUGUGUUUGUGAGGCCUGUGGAGGUCAAACGUGUUGUUUUCUUGGAGUACAUGGACUGUGUUGUGCUGAAUUGUGUAACAGUAUGAGAGAGCCAGGUUGUUUUCCAAAUGUGUUAUGUGUGGUUUAAAAGCACAGCCUCUCUCACUCCCCCUCAUAUCUCUUGAGGUUUACUGGAAAAAGAAAGGUGAGAUGCUUAGUUUGGCAUUUAGGCCUUUCACAGUUUCAAAUCAAUACACAGUUUUCAUCUCCUCUUUCCCGCUCGAGCACUGGAUGGAAAGCAACUUGCAACAAAUUGACAGGAUGGUAUUGGAAAUAGUACUGCAGUUAGUGUUAAUUGAAGGUACGCAUGUAAAACGCCUUCUCUGUUUCUUUUUCUUUUUUUUUUCUUUUUUUUUUAUAAAAUUCAGAAAGCAAAUGUACAGAUUACUUAAAAAAGAACUUGAACUUGUACAAAAAAAGAUACCAAUAAUUGAAGUGUGAUGGUUUGAAGUUGUGUCAAUAACAAGUAAAAAGAUUGUUCUAAUUUUGUUGUUGUAUGGAUGAAGAAAAUGAGUAUUAGAUAGUAAUUGCUUAAAUGGGAAGAGCUAUGGGAAAUUGUCUUCACGCGUCGUAAACUGCACAUUUUAAUGUAAUUUUCAGACUAACUGCUGUUUCUGAAACUGACGUCUAAUCCUUAUUAAAAAGAAGAAGAAAAUAACUCAUGGAUAAUAUUAAAGUGAUAAUGACUGAG